GCUGGAUCACUGAAAUCUGCAACUUACAAAAAAAAAAGAAAAAAAGAAAAAAAAAAUUUCUCCACUUGUUAAGCUGUGCUCCGCUCUGGCGAUGUGGUGGAUGCUGUUUCCACAGUGGAUCUGGUUCCUGGCGUGUGCGUCAGUGUUGAUGGAGCUCCAGGUCGGAGUUUUGUCCCAGGUCACCUAUUCACACGCGGGGAUCUGCCCAAACGACAUGAACCCCAACCUGUGGGUGGAUGCCAUGAGUACCUGUACGAGAGAGUGUGAAUCUGAUCAGGAGUGUGAGUCCUUUGAGAAGUGUUGCCAAAAUGUGUGUGGAAAUCGGAGUUGUGUGGCAGCCCGUUAUGUGGAUGGGAAGAAAGGCCCCAUAGGAAUGCCAAAGGAAGCCACCUGCGCCAGUUUUAUGUGCACCCAGCAGGGGUCUGAAUGUGACAUCUGGGAUGGCCAGCCAGUGUGUAAAUGCCGGGACCGCUGCGAGAGGGAGCCCCACUUCACCUGUGCCUCCGAUGGCAUGACCUACUACAACAAGUGCUACAUGGACGCUGAAGCAUGCUCCAAGGGCAUCAGCCUCUCUGUUGUCACCUGCCGCUUCCACCUCAUCUGGCCCAAUACAAGCCCCUCUUUGCCCCAGGCAACCACUCUUCGCCCUACCACUGCUCCCCUCCAGGCCACUAUCCCACCUCCCACAGAGCCACAGCCACCUGUUGUCAUCAGCAGCCCAUCCCAACAGGCUGUAAAUGUGGGUGACACAGCCAGCUUCCUGUGUGACGUGACUGGGCGCCCACGGCCUGAGAUCACCUGGGAGAAGCAGCAGCCAGAGGGGGUAGAGAGGGUGGUCAUGAGGCCCAAUCAUGUGCGAGGCAAUAUGGUGGUCACUAACAUUGGUCAGCUGGUCAUCUACAACGCUCAGCUGCAUGACUCAGGCGUCUACACCUGCACAGCCCAGAACCCAUCUGGCACAGUUCAGGCCCACCACCCGCUCACUGUGCUGCCCACAAAGCCAUCUAGAAGCCCAGAGCCCAAGAAUGUGACCCGCUGCCUCCCUGAGGAGUGCCUGAAACCCCCUGAUAACCCAGAAGACUGUGGGAGUGAGCUGGAGAAAGUCAGCUGGUACUACGAACCCAAGACCAACAACUGCUUCUCCUUCACCCACUGCCACAUCAACGACAACAGCCAUCAGCCAAGGAAGGUGUUCGAGACAUACGAGGAUUGCAUGCAGUGCUGUGGUCCAGAGCUGUCAGGCCCCUGUGGCCUCCCCAGCCUGCAGGGCCCCUGUAAGGCCUACGAGCCACGUUGGGCCUACAGCAGCACCCUGCGGCAGUGCCAGUCCUUCAUCUACGGAGGAUGCGAGGGCAAUGACAACAACUUUGAAUCCAAAGAAGCAUGUGAAGAGAUGUGUCCCUACCCGAAAAACCACCACUGCAAGGCCUGUAAGCCAAGAGGCAAGAUUGUGACGAGCUUCUGCCGGAGCGACUUCGUCAUCUUGGGUCGCAUGACGGAGCUUACAGAGGAGAAGGACUCAGGCCACGCCCUUGUGACUGUGGAAGAGAUCCUCAAGGACGAGAAGAUGGGCCUCCGCUUCUUUGGCAAAGAGCCUCUAGAAGUCACCUUCCUCAACAUGGACUGGAACUGCCCCUGCCCAAACAUCACAAAUGCCGCCGCCGAGGGCCAGGUCAUCAUCAUGGGCAAUGUCAACGAUGGCAUGGCCGUCCUUCAACCAGAGAGCUACGUGGGCGCUUCCAGCCCCCGCCGUGUACGGAAACUUAAAGAAGUCAUCUCCAAGAACACAUGUGACAUUCUCAAAGCUAUCACUAACAGCCCUCAGUAGGGGUAUAAUCUGUACAUAAAGUUUAGAGUUGGGAAACCUUACUCAGCUGGAACUGCAACAGUCUGUUAUCUUCUGAGCAUUCAUUGCAGUAAUGUUUUAAUUUUUAGACCAUUCUCACUACAUUUAAUAGGUUUUCUUCUGUUUUUGAGUUUUCAGGAGCUCCUGAUCGGGUUCCCUGUCAUUUAACAUUGUGUUUGUCUUUUCAUGUGGUCUGUUAGCAGCAGAGCAUUUCUGUUGUGGUGCGGUCAUUGGUUUUGUUGAUUGAAAUACCAUGUAUGUGAACACAGAAGACAUCCAUCACAAUCCUCUUGUUGCCUUAAUCCCCCAGACUCUGUCUUCCCUCAUGCCCUCUCCUGUCUCCUGCAGAAAUGGAGGUUGCAGACUUGCAUUGAAGCACAAAACAGACACGAUUUAUUUUUUAUGUACAUAAUUUAACUGUCACAGUUUUUUUGAUCCUUUUAUUUGCCAGCCUGGCACUCUGAACACCUGAAUAUACUCUCACUUCAUACAUUUACUUCAUAUUUCUCAGUUUUCAUGUUGCAUAAGUACUCCCAUAAACGGCACCUGUGCAGGAUUCUACACAUACAGUACAACAAGGUAAAUGAGUUGUAAUAUAUUUUAUUAAUUACCAC